CGCUGGUUGGCCCGUCAGGUGACUCCCGAUGCUACCGCCCGAUCUCCCAAGGCAAUAUCAUCCCGAGAAGCGCAGCCGCGAAAAAGAAAGCUGUUCUCCCAUCAACACCCAAAUAUUUCCCUUCCUCUCCCGCAAGACCUCACGUUGGAGGAUAUUUCUGCUCUUGUCUCUCCUCGACCCCUGACAAGACCCUUUUGAUCCCUCUCCUCUCCUUUUUUCUAAAUACAUUCUUCAACAUGUUCAAGCUUGCCCGCAGCAGACCGGUUACGGCAGCUUUGAGGGCUGCGACGGAAUCUUCCGUCCAGUCCCGCUUGGCCCAGCAACAGAGAAACCUGUCCAUUCACGAAUACCUGUCUGCGAACCUGCUCAAAUCGUAUGGCGUGGGAAUGCCCAAGGGUGAGGUCGCUCGCUCGGCCGAGGAAGCUGAGGCCGUUGCCAAGUCCCUCGGUAAUGACGACAUGGUCAUCAAGGCUCAAGUCCUCGCUGGUGGCCGUGGUAAGGGAUCUUUCGACAAUGGUCUCAAGGGUGGUGUGCGCGUUAUCUACUCGCCUACCGAGGCCAAGAUGUUCGCCGGCCAGAUGAUCGGUCAGAAGCUCAUUACCAAGCAAACUGGCGCUGGCGGUCGUCUUUGCAAUGCCGUCUACAUCUGUGAGCGCAAGUUUGCUCGCCGCGAGUUCUACCUUGCUGUCCUCAUGGACCGCGCCUCCCAGAGCCCCGUCAUUGUCGCCUCGUCGCAAGGUGGUAUGGACAUUGAGGCCGUUGCCAAGGAGAGCCCCGAUGCCAUCAUCACCACUCCCAUCGACAUUAACGUCGGUGUCACCGAUGCGAUUGCUACCAAGAUCGCUACCGAGCUCGGCUUCUCCGAGCAGUGCAUCGACGAGGCCCGGGAUACUAUCCAGAAGCUCUACAAGGUCUUCAUGGAGAGGGAUGCCACUCAGAUCGAGAUCAACCCCCUCUCUGAGACUUCUGACCACAAGGUCAUGGCCAUGGACGCCAAGCUGGCCUUCGAUGACAACGCCGACUUCAGGCAGAAGGAGGUGUUCUCGUGGAGAGACACUACCCAGGAAGAUGCCGAUGAGGUCAAGGCUGCCGAGCACGGACUGAACUUCAUCAAGCUCGAUGGCGACAUCGGAUGUUUGGUCAACGGUGCCGGUCUUGCCAUGGCCACCAUGGACAUCAUCAAGCUCAACGGCGGUGCGCCCGCUAACUUCCUCGAUGUCGGCGGUGGUGCCACCCCUGCCGCCAUCAAGUCUGCCUUCGAGCUUAUCACGAGUGACCCCAAGGUGUCUGCCAUCUUCGUCAACAUCUUCGGUGGUAUCGUCCGCUGCGAUGCUAUCGCCCAGGGUUUGAUCAACGUUGUGCAGGAAAUGGGUCUGCGCACUCCCAUCGUGGCUCGUCUGCAGGGUACCAACAUGGAGCAGGCUCACAAGCUGAUCAACGAGUCUGGCCUCAAGAUCUUCUCCAUCGAGGAUCUCCAGAGUGCUGCUGAGAAGUCUGUCCAGUUCUCGAAGGUCGUUAAGAUGGCCCGUGAGAUCGACGUGGGUGUUGAGUUCACUCUUGGUAUCUAAUCUCCGAGUUGGGUGUAUAGAUGUGUCACCUUGUCUGCUGCUCCACUGUCUCUUGUACUCUUUUUUUUUUU